GACACUGUAGUGAAAGAGAAUGUGGUGGUUACGCGCUUUAAAUCAACGGAUGUGCCUCAAGUGAAAUGUGUAGUGAAAAUUACCUCGUAAAGCUUUGGAUCCUUCGGCGCCGUGGAGUUUAAUAGCGUAAACAUGGAUAACGGGCAUGGUCUUUAAUCUCCAUCGGUGUCCCUGGCCGUGUCCAAACUACAAGGCACUGCUUAUUCAAUGGCAGAGGAACAACAAGAGGAACGAAACGAGAGGAUUUUAAUUUCCGGAACCGAAAGACGAACCUUGCCAUCCAGCACUGUGAAUGUGUCUGAGUGUGUGACGAGAUGGUGAUUCCUGUGCUUGGAGUUGUGCACAAUAAGGAUAACUUAAAAUGGAAGAAAUUAUUAUUAGCAAUGAAGCAAUACAAGCAAUGCAGCAAUCGUCAUCAAAUUUCAAUUAUGAACCAGCCGAGCUUGGCAACACUUUUUGAGCUCUCAGUGAAUUUUGAUGGACUUUCCCGGAAUGAAAAGAACGUUUAUGAUUGCAGAAGCUGGCACUAAAAGGACACACAAAACAGCAAGCCUGACACCCUAAUGAGGAAACCAUUAGAGCAGGCAUGAUGGUUUGAAAAUUGUAAAAUCUUCAAACCACCCACCCAACAAGACGCUCCGAAACCGUCAUGAAGAGGAUUCAAAAUUCUUGAUCGCUCCAGUUCCAACGCGUAAAGGAAAUACUUUCUCGCGUCGUAAGGAUGUCUGGCAUGCCCUUCGUCAGCCUAUCGAAACCGUCACUUAUCAUCAUCGUUCAAUCAAUCUCGUGAAUCUGAACAGCUUGCCAGAGACAAAUGCGGCUCAGGUGUAGUGAUAUCGAUUUGUUCGUACAAACGGUUGUUCUAUUGAUGGUGAUCUACGCUAUACUUCCUCUCCACGGGUUUGCCAUCGCCAUUUCUGAUGUUUUGGAGUAGUGUUUAGGAAUGCUUACGCUAUCCUUAAACCUCGUACAUGCCUUUGUUCUGCAGCGUUCGAUUGCUUAGGUUUACGUUUGUUGUUUUGCAGCAUGCGGUGGUGUGUGGGGGUGAAGUGCAAUUACCGUUUGCUAACAGGCGGAUGUAACGUGAGUGCAAGAUUAUGUUGUCCGCUCAGAUCUGAUGUGCUGCACGGUUCACGAAGCAAGUGCAAUCAAAAGCAAUAUUUAUAAAUAUAGCUCAAAGUGGUGGUAGGUGGUAUACAAUUGUGUGUGUGUAUGUUUGUGUGAGUGUGUGUUUGCGUGUGAGUGUUUGUGUGUGCAACAGUGUCAAUGAGUGUGGUGAAAAGCUCUGUGCGAAGUUGUAGCGAGCCGGAGAUUGGCACUGGUUAACCGUAUCACCUCAAAAGGAAGCAGAACCCACAAGCGACGAUUUUGAAUCAGCAGUAACUGUGUGGCAACGUGACAUAGACUUUCAAGCUGUUCCUGUGCGGUUGUUAUAUUUUUGAACGGGGGGCCAAACAUAGCAGUACGGAAGGUCUCAGGAGUGCCCUAGCCCGUCUUCGUAGGUCGGGCCCACUCCCUAACCCUUCCAGUUCCGAACAUAUUGAAAGUGUUGAACGCUCCUCCUCACCCUUCCGAUGUCGCCGCGAGCGAGAUAACUGCCGAUCUCCGCCCCCAACGCCGGCGCCACCUCCUUCAACACCUCGCAAAAACAAAGUUCCCCCCGAUGCCAUGACAGGAUCGGUGUCCCAGCCGCAGCAGCCGAUUGAAAGCGUGCACUGCGGUCCCUUGACGGCCAACUACAUCGUACCUCCCGCCUCUUCAUCCUCCUCCUCCCCCACCUCAUCCACCGCCAUCGUGGAGGCGGUCGUCAGUUCCUCGAUGGCACUGCCUGCGUCCACGAUGUCGUCCGCUUCGUCAUUCAUCCCACACCCGGGAAGUCCAGGACACGGGCGUUCGAACUCGGCCAGAGGUAGUCCCGAGCCCGAAUCGACCCAAGGAAACCACUCACAACACACGUCCACACCAACGUCGGCUUUGCGGAGGCUCUACUUCAAGACGGCUCGGGCAAGCAAGGCGGCCAAAACGGCAGCAACGGCAGCUACCACUGCAACGGCUGUCGCUGCAGCAGCCGCCAACUCGUCCACCGUACCGAAGGUAGUCGUAAUGGGGUCGUCUACCACGUCCGAAGCUACCAUCAACACUUCCACCGAUUCUGCCUCGACGCACGUCACCAACGUCACGACGACCACGGACACGGAGACUAACGAUUCGCUAGAUCUGGGCGACGUAUCAGGACAGAGUGAACCUCUGUUAAGCUCGCUCGAGGACGAAAGUUCCAGCAUUGUUGCAUUGAACCAACCCGCAGGCAAUGAGGAGGACGAAAACAUCACCGUCAUCAAUGGUCCCGAUACCCCGUUACUGAUCAGCUACCAGGAGCUGGAAGAUCUUUCGCCGAGAUCGCCCAUAUUUUCGCCCCGUGAAUCUCCAAACAUGAAAUCAGGAGCCACGAAUCGAACGCAACAGCCCCGUACAGCACCAAUUUCAUCAAAUGCAACACGCUUUCCUUUCGAUCCGCCCAUGUCACCCAAAACGUACAGUGGGGGUGUUAGCCGUGGUGAUGUUGCUUCCUUUGCUCGUACUCACGAAACCAUGUUUAGCUUCGAUGAGUCACCCAACCCAGUGCGGCGUCCACCACCUAAAAUGCUCACCUCUUCGGCAGAACACACGCCCGACCAUUCUCCAAACACAAUCGAAACCGUCAUUGGUCCCGAACCGAUUAUUAGCACGCCAUUAACAAAGGAUCGUGUCACGGACGCUGCGCAGCCUGCAAAGCAACACAUGGAACCUGCACAAACGUCCACAUCCACGCCGAAGCGGCUGAUGAACAGUUUUAAGACCCGCAAGGAACGUCUCGUACAGCAGGCAGGUAGCGCUGUUGCUGCAGCUACAGCCGCAGUUACGUCCGCCGCCGGUGCGUCUGGUAAACCGUUCAAGAAUCCAAAUUACGAUCCCGACCUGACAAUGUUUCCUUUCGACCGAGAGGCGAUCGAUUACGAUCGCAUCCAGCGCGAAUGCUUCGCCGUGGAAGAGGAGCUGUUGUUCGAGCACGAUCGUCGCAAUGCAGAUGAGUAUCGAAGCGGCGGUGGAACCGUUGGAUGUGGCGAGUCGCCUUCGAAAGCGUUGUACGAUGCGGAGAUCUUCAGCGACCAUUACUCGAUCUUUCAGCAGUACGCUUACUUGUCGCAGCAGGAGACCCGAGACACGCCGAUCGACCGCAACGCAACACCCUCCAAGCGUAAUCGAAUGGCGGCAACAUCUGAUGCAUUUUCGCCCCAGCGUCGUACCGAUCACAGCACGGCGGUAACAGGUUCGGGCGCGGCCAUUCACUCGCGCCUCUCCAAGUUUGAUCAGAUCGCCACCAAGUUCGAUAUGAUGCCGUCAAAGUCUGCCGGCACGACGGUAGCGACACAGCAGCUAGGUUGCGGAACACUUCCGGACCUACGCGUCGACUACUUCGCAGAAACAUCGUGCUGCUCCGUUGCGGGAAUUUCCGUCUCAUCGAGCGGAGAAUCCGGCUGCGAAACAGCCUCUGGCAAGGCGCGUGCGUCGUCUCCGGCAUCAACGAUGGCGACCUCUGGUGGUGGUGGCCUCCGUUCGAUGGAAGUCGUUGGCACAGGCGCACUGGUCACCGGUGCUAUAAAUGUUACGCCAAACCCGAUGGAAGGAGCAGUUUGUACACAACCACGGGCGACAAUAGUCGUACAGCAACCAUCGCUCAGUCUGGACUACACGUCGGUUGAAACGAUUCUGCUAAAAAAUGAAGGCGACUUCAUCAGUGUCGGCGAGCAAGGCACGAAAGGCGAAUUACAAUCGACGCAAAGGAAAAAACAGCAACGAGAGGAACACAUGCGACAGCUGCUGGACGUGACCAAUACGCUAACCACGGAGGAAAUUAAGGAUUUCGAGAUGAGAUACGGUAGCCCUCAUCACAGCCGGUCCCAAUCGGUCAAAACUCCCGGAAGUAGAGCAUCAGGCCGUCCAAAUCAGCUAUGCUUGCCACAGCAACGUUCGAGGGUUGCUUCCAUGCCCAACACAGGUGUCGAAGAGGAGUACUACAGACUGAGGCACUUUUCCAUCACUGGAAAAGGCGUCGUAAAUCGGGGUGAUUCGUUGAAAAGCAGACGAAGCAAAUCAAAUAAUAGUGUGGCCAGCUCAAAUUCCAGUACUGAACAUCUAACUCCUGCCGCCGGAGCCGCCGCUGCUGGUUCUGCCCGCACGUCAGCCACGUGUAGUUUGGCAUCCAGCCGAGAAAGCAGUACAUCCAAUCCGGCAUCAGGACCGUACAAAGUGCUGAUGCUGGGUGGGCCAGCGGUGGGUAAAAGCUCAUUAGUGUCGCAGUUCAUGACAUCGGAAUAUCUGCAUGCAUAUGAUACUAGCAUAGAUGAUGAUUCGGGCGAGAAAACGGUUUCUGUGCUUCUCAGUGGAGAAGAAUCUGAAUUAACGUUCAUCGACCAUAGCUAUAAUGAAAUGGCGCCCGAAAAUUGCAUGUCCACGUACGACCCGCACGGUUAUUGCGUGAUCUAUUCGUCGACGGAUAAAGAAACCUUCUUCAUAGCGGAGCGCAUCCUGCAAAUCCUUUGGACGACGGAAAACAUUGCCCAAAAGGCAGUGAUACUGGUGGCCAACAAGGCAGACCUGGCACGGUGUCGGGUGGUAACGUCCGAUGAGGGUAAAGCAAUGGCAACACAGUACGAUUGUAAAUUCAUCGAAACAUCCGUCGGAAUCAACCACAACGUGGACGAGUUGCUAGUGGGACUUCUCUCCCAGAUUAGAUUAAAAUUGGAAAACCCGGAAAAAUCAAGGGAUCUGUUCCGGAAACGAUCGAUACGGAAAUCGAAACGUCGAGCCUGCUCGCCACUGGGCGGUGCGAUUUGUUUAGCCGGCAUCGGUGGCAGCACGAACCCUAGCACACCAAUUUCCGGACCACCGGCUAGCGGUGGCGGUUUCGUCGACACACCGCCCGGAAGCGCGCACAGUAGUCCUAGAAAGUACAGGGGAUCGCGAACAUCCGCUAGCCUUAAGGUGAAAGGGUUGCUCGGCCGGGUGUGGGCUCGUGAUUCGAAAUCCAAGAGCUGUGAAAAUUUGCACGUACUGUAAAUUUCCUUCAUCAACUCUCACUUUCGUCUCGCAAAACGGGCAUGUGACGCGGCAGAGCAACACUAUCGAACUCUAGGUCGGACACAAGGCCACUGAUACAAGGUCCCUCGUCCAAGCGUUCCUCCUAUAAGUUCGAUUGGCUUGCUCUUGCUGGUGGGAUGCAAACGAGUACGACGCAGCACUGAAUGAUGUCCCCAACGGGACCUUAUCCGCAGAUUCUAAGAGCAAGCGUAUUUAGUAAGCCGUAUAAUCCGCUGUCAAUGAGAUACCCAUAUUGUGACCAGCACCAAGCGUUUAUUGUUUCUCUGUAUAGCCCUGUUUUCCGCGGUAGAUUUAUCCACACUCUGUGUAUGCAGAUUUAUCAACAUUCAAGCGGUAUUUUAGAGUUCGUUAGAGACACAUGCUCGUCCUAAAGUUCCUAAUGUGUGUUACUCCUCCCACUAGGAUCCUCCAAACAGCGUUUGUGUGCUACUGUACAUCGGAAAAGGAGGCGGAUUAAAAGCUCACAGCAAGUUAGCCUUUUCCUAACUUAUUUCUUUCCCUAUUAGUUACCGCUUAUAUUCCCAACAUUUGUGACACGCCUUCCCAAUGCCAUCUGUUGGUAAACCCGCGCUACUAAAAGAGAGAAAUAUCGAGGAACGAUAAUAGUAUCUGACCGGCAAACAAUACUGAGCAAUAAUGGAAGAUCGCAUUCGCAAAAGAAGGACCCUUUGCUAUCAACGAAAUGAAGUGUAACACCCGAUCACGUUCUGGUAGAGUGUGGUAAAAGUGCCUUUUCUUAGUUGCCCCGUUAACCUUAUGAUUGAUUCAUACAAUCGUCGUUUUGGCCCCGAUUGCGUUCACUCUUAAGCGCGAAACCUGGCGAUGAGGUUCAGUUGAGAAAUUCCUUCCCAAAUCGUGGGUGUACACAGCAGAGAGUGUGUUGUUAGCGGGGGAUCAUCAUACAAGAUAGAUAUUUACUGGGAUUAUACAACGAGUGCGAGCUAAUUCUAGUCUUCAAACCGUGUUGUACCGCGUUGAACCUAGGUCGAGACAGUGUUUCAAGUGGCUCCAAGCAUUACCAAUCUAUAUAAACCUGUCUAUUCCCUUGCACAGGCAGCCGUUCGAUCAGUGAACGUUACUUAAGAAAUUUGAAAGGUUUUAUUAGCGAGCAAUAGCGCUAGGAUUUCGCAUUUGUCCGAGUUAAUAAUCAACACAUUGCGUUAGAGCAAGAGAGAUACAAAUAUAUUUGAAUAUUGUAGAUGAAACCAAACAUUAAACACAACGCGCGUACAAAGAGCGCAAAAUUGACCAAACCAGAAUCAUAAUACACCACAAACGUGAGGGAGAGAGAGAGAGAAAGGGAGGUUAAACCACGUGUGUAGGGAAAGUAAUAACAUUUUGACAAAUACAGCGUUAGAAAGAAAAUUGAUACUUCUUAGGAGGCCAUGUUUUACCGUGUGUCGCGAACAUUUUGAAGGAUUUCGUAAACAACACCAUAUUCGAGUUCAGCUUCCUUGCAAGAAAGGAUAGUUGGUAGUAAACUAGCGUGUAGUGUGAGAAGCGGAUCCGGAGGAGCGUUUUGAAGCAAUUCCAUGCACUCAGUACCAUUUCCUAGCCCAAUCCUGCCUUGUUUUUUGUAGCGAGAGGUACAGAGAGCGUAUUGCGGUGAGAAGAAGAAGGAUAAGUAGAAGUUUUUUACAGUGGACCGAGUCAAAGCGAGCUCGCGGAAGUAGUAAAGCCUGUUCCCACGUAACAUUAUAGUAUACACGCGUUAGAGAGCGAUGCAACAGUAUUUCAACCUAAUAUUAAUCGAACGCAUUAUCGAACCUACGAUGGAUUAGCGCAUUGCGCAGUAGAUUGAUUUUCGAUAGAAUUUUUACACCGUACCAAAAAUGUAACGAUCAAAAACGGACGACUCAGAAGAAGCAGACGGGGCAGCAUAUGUGUGUAGGUAAGCGUAUGGCGAACGGCGAUACAAUAAUACGGCGCCCAGCUCUCGCGUCAAUCUUAACAUUAUUGAGACAGUAUCAAAAGCAAUCGAAUAAUAUAACCCUUGUCCCCCGUGCCGGCACUUGGCUCAACCCAGGUCGGUGGACCGUUCUUUUUGGCGUGUUUAGAUGUACGCACAAUCAGUGUAAUGCACCACCCCACACACUAUCAACAAUCAUCAUCAUUCCGUUUAUGUGUCGUUGUAUUAUGAGACCCUUGGAUUUGGCUCAUUCGUGGCGUGCUAAGGUUACGUUAGAACAAUUUAGACUGCUUGGUUGCCUUUGAAAAUCAUCUUUUGAUUUCUGUUUACUGUCCAACGCCACGAAAGAGGAAGAUAAAUAGCGAAUAAACAUUUGCGUGAGUGUGAGUUUUAGGAUAGCCUAAUGUUCCACACGCUGUACCAGAAGAGCGUGUGUGUGCAAUAAUUAGGAGUCUAAAGGGUACCCCAUUUCGGUGUCGAAUUCGAGUGCGUGUUGUGGUGGUGUUAGAGCAAUAUUCAACCAUGUUGUUUCAUUAGCAGAACUGUUUAUAGAGGGUGUUCUUGUUCAACAGUGACUGGGUUUAUCUCUUAUGUA